AUGAAUUUGAUUGUAGAAUUUAUUGGCAAUAAUAGUGUCCUGAAGGGUUUAUCUGAUAACUAUGGUUUUCAAAAUGAUACUCCUCUUUCAUUCUCAUAGAGACCUAACAUUUUUAUUGUAAAUUAGCACCUUGGAAACUCCCUCACUUCUCUCAAUUACAUUUUUUACUUUGUGAACAAGCUGCUGUAUGAAAUACUGAAUCCCUUUAAGAGUAACGGAGAUGGACUUAAUGCACCUUUACUCAAUUUUCUUAAAAUGUACAAGCUAAUUAUAAUCCCUUAUCUAAACCCAGACACAUAUGAAUAUCUGAGAAGUCUAGUUGCUGAUGGCGGUGCCAUAACUGAUUAAACCUUCAUAUCUUAUUAUCUUAAAAAUAUGCAGCAGGUAGCAGAUGCCUCUGAUAAUUGUAAUGAAAUGUAUUAGAGAGGAAUAAACCUUAGGAAUAAUUAUAAUAACAAUUUCAAAAGUGGCAACAGCAUCUAUAAAUGUGAAGGUACAUAUAAAGGUUCAAAUUCAGAGCAGUCAGCUGAGGUAUAGUAAAUGGCUAAUUUAAUCAGGUCUACUUCGACAACUUUUAGAAACUCCAGCAUUCCUUUUGUUCUCCUUGUAGAUAAUAUGCACUCAAAGACUAUUUAGUUCAGUAACGUAUUAAUGAAGCCUUUUUCAUAUGACCCAAAUAAGGAGGUAACUAAUUACCCCAAGUAUUUCUCUUUGCUAUCAGAUAGUGCUACCUAUUUCUAAUCUCCAUUUUAUUUUGGCAACUACAAAGCUAUUUUUGGAGUUCCUAAUUAUGGAGAUCCAACAGAUUGGCUCUAAGAAACAAAUUCUAUAGAGACUUACUCAUAUUUUAUCAAUAAUCAGAAAGGACUAUAUCUGCCUAAUUUCAGUAAAGAUAUAACUCUCUAAAACAUGAAUAUUAAAAUGCUAUAAGCUUUCUAUGAUAAUACUCUUGAUAUUUUGAGAAGAUAAGGUCCUUACAUAUUCAUUGCUAAGCUUUUAUUAUCUGAGUGCAGUCUAAAUACUGAUAUUGACAUUAUAGGAUAUUGCAGUGGAAAAUAUAGAAGUUAAAAUGGGACAGGUGACUUGAUAGGCUAUGUUGAUGGUAGCAUAUUAUGGCAGCUUACUGUUGGAAUAAAAAAUAGUGGUUCUUUUUAAUUUAACAACAUAUAAGGAAAUAUAACACUUUAACUAAUAUUUGAGAAAGAUGGAUUAGCUAGUUAAAAAGAUGUAUUUUAUCCUGAGAAAAUUAUAAAUGCAACUAUACUAGAUCAAUAUGAUAGUUAUUAUAUAGCUUUUGGAAGACCUUAUGGAAUCAUGAAUGAAUUUUAAUUCAACCAAACUAGCGAAAAUACACUUGAAUUUGAUUUGAAUCCCUCAGUAUUCUCUACUCCUUGGGACAAGAAAUCUACCAAUUUAAUGUUUGUUUUUAGAGACUUAGAUUAUUUGGGCGGGGAGUCAGGAAUCUUAAAGCUAAAAUUCAAAUUAAACAUUCUCAUAAAGUAUCCUUUUUUUAAAGAAAGGAAAGUUUUGUUCAGUGAGUCUUUUUAAUUAGAUGGAUAUAAGAGAGAUUAUGAUGGAAGCAAAAUGCUUUAAGUGAUGAAGAUAGUUUAGUUUGCUUUUUCUGGAUAAUUCAUUGUGCUAAGUCUGAUAGCUUUUGCCAAUAUUCUCUAUCAUGUUGUUAACAGAGACGAAAGAGAUAGCUUUAGGAAAGAAAAUCCUUCAAUGAUGAAUUGUGAGCCACAUGAAUAAAGUACAGCUAGAAACAUACCUUUGCUCCAUGAUUAAGAAACUUUGAGAGAUAAUGAGACUUAAGGUGGUGGCAUGGAUAUUCUCACUAAAGAUAUCAAUAUGAAAAAUCCUGAUUAAGCUCUAUCCUCUAGUCAUGAACUUCAAAGAAGUAAUGAUAGCAAUAAAGAUAUUAGGGAAUUCGUUUAAAGUGAUAAGUUUAACAAAAAUAAGGACAGUAAUAUAAAUUCGUUUCAAAAUCAGCAAGACGGUGGAGCUGAGACAGAAGUUGGUGAUAACUAAUCAGAAAUAGGAGUACUCAGCUCUUUUCCUGACUUUAAAAAGUCAAUGAGAAGAUCAAUGGAGAUGGAUGGUAAGAUGGGCGAUAAUGUUAAUGUCUUGACUAGUGAGGAAGACCUGGUCAAAUGGUAAAAAGAUUAAAUGGAAAACAUUAAAAAGAUCAAGAAAGAUUUGAAAUAGAAGAAAACCUCUCCUUAAUUGAUCAAGCCUUAGAAACAAAGAGCUAAAGAUUACAAUCUUGAAAAUGAUAAAAAAGAGGGGCAGGGUGAUGAAGAGCUAAGUAGAAUAUCUGAGAAGUAUGAGAACUCUGUAGAUGUAUCUGUUUCAAUGGUAAAUUAGCCACCUUAAAAGAGAUAUUCAAUUGCUGGUGCUCAGAUAAAGCAUCAAAAUAGUAUAUCAGCAGCACCAAUGAGCGACUUAAAUAUAAGUGAAAUCAAAGAUGUCUCAAAUACCAAUUAAGAGAUUACAAAGACACCUUAGAAAUAAAACAAGUUCGAUAUUAAAGGAAACAAAGAUAUUAUGAACAUCAGGAAAAGAUAGAAUAACAUUUAAGUGUUGAAAGAUAGAUCAUUAGAAGAUGAAAAGGGCGAUGAUGAAAUUUUAAACAGAAGUUAUAGAUAGAAUCCAAAUUAGCCACUAGUGUCUAGAAAACAAGAAUAAAAGUUAAAUAAGAGUGUUGAACAUUUUAAUGAUAGGGGUUUGGAUCCAAAUAAAACAAAGAAACAAGCAAUGCAGGAUAGGGAUCAAGAGUUGCUUAGGAAAGAAAAAUAAAACAUGAAAUUCUUUAUAAAUAAUGGACUGUUUACUGAUAGCUUGGUGAAAUCAAGAUAAGGCUUGCCUGCUUACAUAUCAGAAAGUAGAAACAUAAAAUCUGCGAGGAAGGAAGAGUCGUAUAUUGAGUUAAGCAGUGUUUAUUCAGACGGGGCUGAAGAGAUUCACUUAAACGAAGAUGGAGAAUUUAAUUUGAUUGAGAUUUACAAGAAUAACCACUGA